AUGGCGGAGAGCGCGGACCUGAAACGAAAAGUGCACAACAAAGAUGAAGAAACUCCUACAGAGGAAGAUGGCGAGGAGUGGGUCGGACCUAUGCCAAAUGAAGCUACAACAAAUAAGAAAAGAAAAGUUUUGGAAUUUGAACAUGUUUACCUGGAUAAUCUCCCGUCGGCUGCAAUGUAUGAACGAAGCUACAUGCACAGAGAUGUGAUCACCCACAUCGUGUGCUCCAAGACAGACUUUGUCAUCACAGCCAGCCAAGAUGGUCAUGUCAAGUUUUGGAAAAAGAAGGAAGACGCUGGCAUCGAGUUUGUCAAACAUUUCAGAAGUCAUCUUGGUGUAAUAGAAAGCAUUGCAGUAAGUGCAGAAGGAGCACUUUUCUGUUCUGUUGGUGAUGAUCAGGCAAUGAAAGUAUUUGACGUUGUCAACUUUGACAUGAUUAAUAUGUUUAAACUUGGGUUUCACCCAGGCCAAAGAAAGCUCAUGAGAGUGUUCGAUGAAUCCCUAACUAUGUUCACAGAGUUGCAGCAGAUGCGACAGCAGCUUCCUGAUAUGGAGUUUGGUCGGAGAAUGGCUGUAGAGAGGGAACUUGGGAAGGUGGAUGGUGUCCGUUUGGCAAACAUCAUUUUUGAUGAGACGGGACAUUUUGUUCUGUAUGGAACUAUGCUCGGGAUUAAAGUCAUCAAUGUAGAAACUAACAGAUGUGUUCGAAUACUUGGAAAACUUGAGAAUAUCCGUGUGGUUCAUGUAAGUCUGUUCCAAGGUGUCGCAAAAAUGAUGAAGGUUGCACAAACUGUGGAAAUGAAGGCGUCAGAUAAUCCUGCAUUACAAAAUGUAGAGGCCGACCCUACGAUAUUCUGCACCGCAUUUAAGAAGAACCGUUUCUAUCUGUUUUCAAAGAGAGAACCAGAGGAUACCAAGAGUGCAGACUCAGACAGAGACAUCUUCAAUGAAAAACCAUCAAAAGAGGAGGUGAUGGCUGCGACACAGGCUGAGGGCCCAAAGCGAGUGUCAGACAGUGCCAUUAUCCAUACAACCAUGGGAGACAUUCACAUCAAACUCUUCCCAGUAGAAUGCCCCAAAACUGUGGAGAACUUCUGCGUUCACAGUAGAAAUGGCUAUUACAAUGGACACAUUUUCCACAGAGUAAUUAAGGGAUUCAUGAUUCAGACUGGAGACCCAACUGGAACUGGAAUGGGAGGAGAAAGCAUCUGGGGAGGGGAGUUUGAAGAUGAAUUUCAUUCUACCCUCAGACAUGACCGACCAUACACUCUCAGCAUGGCCAACGCUGGGCCUGGAACAAACGGCUCGCAGUUUUUUGUCACCGUUGUACCGACUCCAUGGCUUGAUAACAAGCACACUGUGUUUGGGAGGUGUAUAAAAGGGAUGGAAGCCGUUCAGAGAAUCUCUAAUACAAAAGCCAACCCCAAGACCGACAAACCUUAUGAGGACAUAAGCAUCAUCAACAUCACAAUUAAGUAA